CACCUAAAUCGUUCCGUGUGAGAAGAAAACGGAGCUGAGGGCUGGGGUAGCUUCCGGGGAGCUAAUAUUUGAAGGGAUGUGUACGUGUUUGCCGGGGUGACUGGGGGUGGGGAAGGUAACCUUGGUAAAAGAAACAGCAAACACAAGGGCACUGAGGCAUGAGGACCUGACACUGUAGAGGAACUCUGUAAAGCUCCCCUGUCCCCCUUCCUUCCUAUACUUACCACCUAGGGUUGCUGGAAAACAUACAAGCUUGACCACUAAAUCUGAAUUUCAGAUAAACGACUAAUAAUUUUAAGACAGAUGUAUGCUCCAAGUACUGCAUGGACAUACAAACCAGGGCCCCUUUUCAACUCAUCCUGGGCGGGGGGUCCUCGAGGCCCACAAUGCCCUCACGAAUAACGGCGAGCUGGUGGACUAAUGCUUGAGAAACUAUCUUAGGCUUGUGGGUCGCCAGCCCAGGUCUGAGAACGUGGCUCGCAGCUCGUUCGGAGGCUGGGGUCCGUCUCUGCUAACGGGUGUUGUGGUGGGAGUACACAGGACCGCUCACAAGAAAAACUCACUCCGCUCUACGAAACGCCCCCGCGGCGGCGACUUUCCCGGCAAGCGGAAGUCAUUUACUCCAGAGACCGGAAAUCCCGCCUCCGUCGGAGGAAGGAGCCACAGCGAGACAACCAAUUAGAAGGCAAGAUUUUGGUUCGGGCCCUGCGUGAAAGGAAACCGGAAGCGGCUCUGGGGCGGGGCUUCAUGCCGGAAGUGGCGGUCGAGCGUUCGGUCGGUGGGCGCCUGGGCUCGUUGGCGAUGCGCUGCCAAGCUGGGGCGAGGGGCCGAAGCGAGAGUUAGCGGUACAAAUGCAGUCUGGGGCAGUGGCUGCGGGCCAGCCGCAGGGCUCGAUUAGGUGCUGGGGAGAAUGGUUCCUGGAUCUGCGGGCGCUCCCGGCCGGCUUGUUUGGCGUGGCCUUCCUUGCCCGAGUCGCCCUGGUUUUCUAUGGGGUCUUCCAGGACCGGACCCUGCUCGUGAGGUACACGGACAUCGACUAUCACGUCUUCACGGACGCCGCGCGUUUCGUCACGGAAGGGCGCUCCCCUUAUCUGAGGGCGACGUAUCGUUACACUCCGCUGCUCAGUUGGCUCCUCACUCCCAACAUCUACCUCAGCGAGCUCUUUGGAAAGUUCCUGUUCGUCGGCUGCGACCUCCUCACCGCUUUUCUCCUCUACCGCCUGCUCCUUCUGAAGGGGCUGAGGCGCCGCCAGGCUUGUGGCUACUGUGUGUUUUGGCUCCUUAACCCCCUACCCAUGGUGGUAUCCAGCCGAGGCAAUGCGGACUCGGUCGUCGCUUCCCUGGUGCUUAUGGCUUUGUACUUAAUAGAAAAAGAGCUCGUCGCCUGUGCUGCUGUGUUCUAUGGUUUCGCGGUGCACAUGAAGGUGUAUCCGGUGACUUAUAUCCUUCCCAUAGCCCUGCACUUGUUUCCCGAACGCGACAAUGACGAAAGCCACCGUCUAUCCCGGUGCGCAAUCUUGGUUCACUUGUACGAAUUCCUAAAGAGGCUGUGUAAUCGGGCUGUACUGCUCUUUGUGGCAGUUUCUGGACUCACAUUUUUUGCCCUGUGCUUGGGCUUCUACUAUAAAUAUGGCUGGGAAUUUUUAGAACACACCUACUUGUAUCACCUGACGAGGCGGGAUAUCCGUCACAACUUUUCUCCGUACUUCUAUAUGCUGUAUUUAACAGCAGAGAGCACGUGGAGUUUUCCCCUGGGACUUGCUGCAUUUGUGCCACAGUUCAUCUUGCUUUCAGCAGUGUCUUUCGCUUAUUAUAGAGACCUUGCCUUUUGUUGUUUUCUUCACACGGCCAUUUUUGUGACUUUUAACAAAGUGUGCACCUCGCAGUACUUUCUUUGGUACCUUUGCCUACUGCCCCUUGUGAUGCCACUAGUGAGACUACCUUGGAGAAGAGCUAUAGUCCUCCUAAUGCUCUGGUUCCUAGGGCAGGCCUUAUGGCUGGCUCCUGCUUAUGUUCUUGAGUUUCAAGGAAAGAACACCUUUUUGUUUAUUUGGUUAGCUAGUUUGUUGUUUCUUGUCAUCAACUGUUUCAUUCUAAUUCAAAUUAUUUCCCACUACAAGAAGGAACCACUGACAGAGAGAAUCAAAUAUGACUGAUACAGUUUAGAUCUUCUGCCACUUUUGUAUAUGACAUUUUGAUCAGUCUGUAUGGACCAAAAUAGAACUUUAGAAAAAUUUUCUGAGUAUUCUAAGCAUUCUUGUGAAAGGUCCCCUGUUCCAAUGGAAAUUAAAACCUACAUUUGCCUUAUAAAGGAGAUUUGAUAAUUGAGGUCCACUCUAGGAAAUUUUAGGAUUCUUUUUUGGGACAUGAUGUGUAAUAAAAGUUACUUAGAAACAUUCUUUUAGAAAAAUAGAGAAAUAGGGGCCAGCAAGUGGCACAGUAGUUACGGGCGCUGGAUUCCCACAUGGUUUGAGUCCUGGACCUGGCAUCCUUCUUUCUCACUUUCCCUCUCUUUCACUUUGUCUUUCUGGUAAAAAUUAAAAUAAAGUAAUUAUUUUUUAAAAAAAGAAAAAGAGAAGUAUAGUUAGAGACGAAGUCCUAAGCCAGUAUUUGCUAAGUUAUACUAUACUAUUCUUUUCAACUGUCUUAUCUUUUAACCCCUACUUUUUCUCUCUAGUUUUUUCCUGACAGUUGUCAGAUUUUACAAAAUAUUCCUAAAGUACAACUUUGAAGAUAUAAACUAUUGGAACCAGCAGUUGGUGUAAUGGCUAUGUCGCUGGACUCCCAUGUAGUUGACUACAGUGCAAGUCCUGGAC